AUGCCGACGAAGAUCGAAGGACCACUGGACCACGGCCAACUGGAAGACGUCAGGUUGGACAGCGCAACGUGGAAGCCAGUGCGAGCCACCCGCUGGAGCCUUGAUGUUGUCCGCCCAGAAUUCCUUACUCUACGGCCGGGCAGCCCAAAGAAGCUGUUGCAGCGCACAGCGUGGCUUGACGGUUUACGAGGCUUUGCUGCAUUCAUAGUAUACCUUCACCACAACCAACUUUACGCGAACGAUAUCCAUGGGAACUCGGUGUUCGAGAAUUCUUUUGGCUACGCAGGUCGCCAUUACUUUGCAGCUCUACCUUUUAUCCGCCAUUUCUUCUCAGGCGGACACUUCGCGGUAUCCAUCUUCUUCGUCAUCUCUGGCUACGUCCUUUCUGUCAAGUCUCUGGGAUCGAUCCAGAAAGGCCAGCACAUGAUAUCAGCAGACACUGUCGGUUCUGCACUCUUCCGUCGAUGGCUUCGCCUUUAUCUCCCAGUCAUCGGUUUCAGCCUCUCAUGGAUGAUCAUUCGGCACUGGACCAAUAUCUACGUUCAUUUCGGUGAACGCAAGGAUUCAUGGGGCGAAGAGUUCAAGACGUGGUAUCAAACCUUCAAGAACUACAGUUUCGUGUUUCUCACUGGAGAUAACCUCGACUUUACAAAAAAAUACAAUAGCCAUCUCUGGUCAAUUCCGAUUGAGUUCAAAGGGUCGAUAAUCGUCUACACCGUAGUUUCUGCUUUAUCCAGAUGCACUAGGAAUGCCAGGCUGUGGUGCGAAGUCGCACUAAUCGUCUACUUUCUGUACGUUGUCGACGGAUGGUAUGGUGCCUUGUUCAUGGGCGGCAUGCUGUUAUCUGAUCUCGACCUUCUGGCUCAGGACGAUCAAGAACCCCGCUUCCUUGCGAAACUGGAGGGAUUCAAGGAGUUCAUCUUCUUUCACUUAUUCCUCAUCGCCAUGUAUCUUGGUGGUGUGCCCUCGUGCGAGUCUCCCGAUGGAGAUAAAUAUCGCAACCUGCUUGCUUCCUCGCCGGGAUGGUCGUGGCUUUUUAUGUUCAAGCCGCAGGCUGUCUGGGAUCCCAAAUGGUUCUACCUCACCUGGGCUGCUAUUCUCACUGUCGCAUCUAUUCCUCGGCUACCAUGGCUCAAGCGGUUCUUCGAGACGCGUUUCUGUCAGUAUCUCGGACGCAUCUCCUUCGCACUCUACCUCGUCCACGGCAUUGUCAUUUCCGUGCUGGCCGAUCGACUUUAUGCCGCUGUGGGCUUCAAGAAAGACGGACACAAGCACUUCCCUCAGUGGAUCAGCAUAUUCCCUCUGACCAUGAACGGACCCAUGGGCUUUGAGUUAGCAUUCUGGGCCGUGCAACUCAUCAACCUUCCGGUCACGUUAUACGUUGCGGAAGUUGUCACGAAGCUUUUCGACGAGCCAAGCGUCAAGUUCUCUAAUUGGCUCUACAAGCAAACCCUGGCUCCACAGUCGCAAUCACUGAAGCGAUAA